AUGGCGCCUGUCAAUGUAGAUUGGAAACCCCAUCAACUUCGGAGGUCAGCGGGAACCCCGGGAGCAGCCGCUGGAUUAGUCUGCCGGCGGCGCAGCUCCCGACUCACCUUGGAGAGUAAUUAUAAUGAUCGGCGCCGGAACCCCAGUCCGGGAGUCCUUCCUGGAGAGGCGUGCCCGGGUGGAGCGGAGUACGCCCACGCGGGCACCUCACUCUCUCUCACUAUCAAAGCGCGGGCCGUCUAUCUCCAUCCCUCUCCGCCGCACGUGCCGCCUCGACCCCCCACGCCCCCACGCGUAAUAACCCAAUUUGUAAGAGCUACCCCCUCACACCCGGCCGUUUUCAAGGACGGCCGUCGGUCUUAUGGCGGCGGCGACGGCGGCGUUGAUUCCCCGACCUUGUUUAUUUCAGUUUCCUUUUUUUUGUUUAGGAACUGGCUGAACCUAUUUUCGUACGGCGCCCGAGCUGAGCCCUGGAUGUUGUCGCGGGUCCGGACUUUCGCUUCGAAGGACCUGUCCCCGGGUAGUAACGUACCUGUUUUGAUCAAU